CUGCAGAUCUGUACACUGAAUAGCAAAUGCAGACGGAAACACCAUGGAAGUUGCUUAAUGGUUAAAAACGAUAGGAUCAUGGGUCAAGUGCAGAGAGUUGUUGUGACGCUUCCACAACAAUAACACUGAAAGGGAAUCGGGAUAGCCUGGCACACUUCAGUCCGGGGCAGGGAAGGGAGACACUUCAGUCCGCUUUUAAUGGGAAGGAGCAACAAGCGGCAUCGCACAAACCGGUGGCCUGGGCAAGCUGCAAGAAGCCAUCGUUCAAUUCUGAGGGUGAAAAUAGACCUACAGUGUAUAUGAGACAUGAAAUACUAAGUUUGUUUCAGUUUUUUACUGGAAAAAAAGAUUUGUGACCGACUUAUGUGGUUCAUUUUUUGUUUAUUUUCUAACACAAUGUUAACCUACAGUUGGUAUGUCAAAACGUAUUCGCGUUUGGCUAAGCCGUCGUGACUGACACAUGGAAAUCUCGUCGGCUACUAAUGAGUGACGUUACGCUGGGACCUUUCUGAAUUACGGCCUAUCUAAGCCAGCGAGUGCUGCUUUGGACUAUGGAGAUACCGGUUGGAUUAGGAGGAGUUUGUGACUCCCCUAACACAUUUUUUCGCGAAUCUUAUUCAAAUCUUUUCCACAACGUGCGAGUUGCGCGGAAUAGCACUGUCGUCUCCGAAAAAUUGGAUUUGGCAAGUUCAAAGUGCAGUUUCUUGCACCAAAUACAGUCGCGAGAAAUGCGCCAAACUAACAUGCAGCCUUCCUGGGAAGACACAUGCUCAGGGACUGCAUAUCUUUCUAAAUAUGAAGUGACCGCGAACGUGGGAAGUGCACAAACAACUGUCGACGUUGUCGGGGUAAGUCGUGAUGAUGUUGCUCAAAACUCCACAAACACUGAAGAGAAGUUGUCGGAUACCGCUGAUGAAACUGAGCGCGCCAGUGACAGGGAGUUUGCUGCCUGUCACUCUAAUUCGCAUUCACUUAGCACAGACCUCCACUGCUGUAGAGCAGCCUCGGUUCGUCACACACCCAAGUUAAGUCCUAACGGUGACGCAUGUGUGGGGAACAGUUCUCCUGGUUCUACAAACACGAGCAUCUCAGACACAGCGAGGGAGCUGUGCAACGCGGUCUCCGUGUCAUUGGGGCUGGCCAUGGAGUCGAGCGAGGUGGGUGAUCUGGGAAACUAUGCACCGCCAAUUUCGUCCGAACAAAGUGAAGGAAACUUGGUCGAGGUGUCCUUACUGGACAGUGGGACUGGAGGUGGACCCGUAGCUGGCGCGCUCACGACAGAGUACAGAAAUUCUACGAGAGACGAUUCAGUUGUCGGUAUGUUCAAAACUAGGCCUACACAUGUGAACUAUUUGAGAGGGGGAGUGGAAACCUUGCAGGACCUCACACCCUCACGCGCGGGCCGGUCAGAAGAUGAGUUUGGACUGAGAGCAACCUGCGCUGACUUUGCUAAAGAUGCAAGCGUGAUCAUGGAUCAUUGUAGGUAUCAGUUUGACCAGAUGUUGCCGAGCAACUUGACAAACUUUAGUUCCGCUGAGCCACUGUCUGCGCGAUCGACCAUCAGCCCGACACAGGCUAUCUACAAGUCUUCGGUCCACAGCUCCGAUGUUGCAGACACAGCGGAAGAAAAACAUUACUCAAAUCAUUGCAACAGGAAGAUCAAGACCGAAACGGUGACCUCAGAAGUUUUGGGGUACCCGUACCGAUAUGCCGAGAACCGUAACGCGCCGUAUGGACAUUAUCGACAGACCAUGCAUCCAUAUUGCUCACAGCCCGCAUUCAUACCUAAACCAUAUGACUAUGGUGGGCUGAUGGCUCGGGAGAGGGCGACUUCAGAACAGUGGUACGCCAGCGGGAUGCUGUCCCGAAUGUCUUAUCCAACAUCUGGAUGCGUAAAAAAUGAUGUUGGGCAGUGGCUGGACAUGUCAUCAUAUUCCGACGGCAGGUUUGAUGCAGGCCGUGAGCACAUGUUCCCCAUGGAGUUUUUUUUCCCACCUCACCGCACCUGUCUCAUCUGCUCAGACGAGGCGUCGGGCUGCCAUUAUGGAGCUCUCACCUGUGGCAGUUGCAAGGUGUUCUUCAAGAGGGCAGCAGAAGGUCAGGCAGCGGAAGGUAAACAGAAGUAUCUUUGUGCGAGUAGAAAUGACUGCACCAUCGACAAACUGCGGAGGAAGAACUGUCCAUCCUGCCGGCUGAAGAAAUGCUUCGAAGCAGGCAUGAGCCUCGGAGCCCGCAAGCUGAAGAAGAUCGGCCAGCUGAAGGGAGCGGAGGAGGAGGAGGGCGCGGGGGCCCAGGGCCCCAGCACCGAGGCCCCCCAGGUGGUGUCCCCCAAGCCCGCGCUCUCCUUCCACUCCCAGGCCGUCUUCCUCAACAUCCUGCAGGCCAUCGAGCCGGAGGUGGUCAACGCCGGCCACGACCACAGCCAGCCCGACUCGGCCGCCGCGCUGCUGACCAGCCUGAAUGAGCUCGGCGAGAGGCAGCUGGUCAAGGUGGUGAAGUGGGCCAAGGGACUGCCUGGGUUUCGUAAUCUCCACGUGGAUGACCAGAUGACUAUGAUCCAGCAUGCCUGGAUGGGGGUGAUGGUGUUCGCCAUGGGCUGGAGGUCCUACAAGAACGCUGAUGCCCAGAUGCUCUUCUUCGCUCCUGACCUCAUCUUCAACGAUCGGAGGAUGCACAUCUCCAGUAUGUACGAGCAGUGUGUGCAGAUGAAGCACUUCUCCCAGGAGUUUGUGCUCCUGCAGGUGACAGAGGAGGAGUUCCUCUGCAUGAAGGCCCUCAUACUCUUCAGCAUCCUUCCGACGGAGGGUCUAAAGACUCAGCGCUAUUUUGACGAAUUGCGUUUGACCUACAUCAAUGAGCUGAAUCGCUUGAUAAGUGACACCAGGACGACUAACUGUGCCCAGCGCUUCAGCCAGCUCACCCAACUCAUGGACUCCCUGCAACCGAUUGUCAGGAGGCUUCACCAGUUCACCUUUGACCUGUUUGUCAGGGCACAGUCCUUGAACACCAAGGUCAACUUCCCUGAGAUGAUGGCCGAGAUCGUGUCCGUGCAGGUGCCAAAGAUCCUGGCCGGCCUGGCCAAGCCCAUUCUCUUCCACAAGCCGCAGGCGUGUGAGGUCAGCAUGGGCUUUUCAGACUCACGUUGAGUUCUGCUGCCCGGAGAGAGAGGCACACUGUAGGAGCCCAGAGACAGAUAUGCUCACACACACACACACACACACACACACACACACACACACACACACACACACACACACACACACACACACACACACACACACACACACAGAGCCACACACACAGCCACACACAUAUACAGUACAUACACACACACAUGCACACACAUACAGUCUCUCUCUCUCUCUCUCUCUCUCUCUCACACACACACACACACACACACACACACACACACACACACACACACACACACACACUCACACUCACACACAGAGCUACACACACACACACACACACACGCUCAGUUUUCUUUGCUCCCUUUCUUGCUAUUCAGACUUCCUCAUCUUCAUUGUCCACUAUAGCCCCUUUUUCUGGGAAGUGAAUAUCCUUGGAGAGAGGAAAAAAAACUACUGUACCUAACAAAAUACCCGAGCCCAAUUUGAUCAUUGCAGUAGAUGGUCUCCUUAAAAAAUGAUGGAGGACAUUUUCUCACAAGACAAGAUAGGUCAGGACAGAACAGUUAGUUUUAGAGGGAAAUGAAACCAGGAGAAGGACACUUCCUCACGUUGAUUGCUACACCCUGCAGAUAGAUGAAAGCCUAGAUGUAGAGAUGCCUAUGCAGUGUGUGUGUGUGUGUGUGUGUGUGUGUGUGUGUGUGUGUGUGUGUGUGUGUGUGUGUGUGUGUGUGUGUGUGUGUGUGUGUGUGUGUGUGUGUGUGUGUGUGUGUGUGUUUAUCUGAUGGAGUUUUAGUAGGGGUGUAAAAGUACACGUAUUCAUAACGAACCUUUUAGGUACAGGACGUUAGGUUCAAUGAAGAUGUGUACUGAAUGUGCUGAAUUUAGUCUGUAACAGUAAUCAACAGACUUUUGUUGCUCGCAGAUCAUGUUUCAAACACAAACAUACAGUGGCAGACCACAUGUCAGUUUACUUUAGUCAACAACUUAAGAAACAGUUGACACCUUUUCAAAAUGCUAUUCCAGCUGUUGUGUGUUGAGCAUCAACACUAUCAGUGAGUGUUAGGCUAGCAGUAGCUACAGGAUUACUGUGCCGAAAAUGAAUAUAAAUGGUCAGAUGGCUCCUCUUAGCUCCGCAUUUAUAAGUAAAAAAAAACCCCAGAGUAGUGGGGAGAUAUUUCACACUAUACCAGAAGUCCAUGGAUACUUCUCCCUCACUUGUACAGUACAUGCAUGUGAUUUUGUAGAUAUUGACUGAUGUAAAGUAUGUUUCACCACUUCUAACACACUCUUAAUCAUCAAAAAUCAAGACAUUUUGACCUGUAACUGCAUGGCGACUUUUGGUGAGCUUUUUACCUGUUUUAAACAGAUUUAUAGCUGCACAUAUGAGGAAUUAAGUAUCUCAAUCUCACUGAAACAAACAAGAAACACAAACAAGUGCUUCAUGUCUUGUUAUUGAGGGAUGUUAAAUUAUGCAUUUGUAAACACCUUUUAAUCAUGUUUAAACCAGUGGGUGGUUCAUGUGCACUAUACUGUGUUUUUUUGGUGUAAAUAAUGAUUAUGUGUGGUGUUAUUAUUUGUGUUUGUGUUUCUACCACUUUUGUUUUAAACGCUUAUGUAAAUACUUUUUUAUGACAUGUUUCAGUAGUAGCUGCAUUUUGUUUCUUGUUAGUUUUCAUCAUCACAGUUUAUUUUUGUUCACAUAUACCGUAUGAUCAGAUUGUUUUUGGUCAUCUUUGCACCAGCAAUAACUAUUGCAUGAUAUACACACAUCUCUUUUUAAAUAAGCUGAUACUAUUGAAAAUCUCAACAGACUGGAUAUAGUAGGUUUUGUAUAAAGAACAUACUGGCAACUAAAAAUGGUGCUUUUCAUCAUACAUUUAAGUACUAAUUGAUCGUUAAUUGUAUUCUGUUCGAUUGAAAUCUUCUUAAGUCAGCCUGCUCCUCUUUCAAUGGUCCAAUUAGUGCAUCAAUCUACAGUCUAUUGGACCCUCCCUGUCAUUCUCCCAAGAUGUGCAGAAAGCUACUUUAGACCUUUGAAGUGUCAUCACUCAGAGAGGUUCUGGGUGGGGUAAGAUCGGCAGAGGUAUAGAUAUAGAAUGUGUUUCGGUGUGUGCGUGUGCGUGUGUGUGUGUGUGUGUGUGUGAGAGAGAGAGAGAGAGAGAGAGAGAGGGUGACGAGAGAUGACAACUUACACAGAGGAGAAAAGUGAAAUGCAGGGCUGUGAGUUUGUGGAGACUAUGAAUACACUAGCUGUAUGCAGUGACACCCAGUUAUGUGCACAUUCUUUACUCUACCAUACUUCUCCUAUUCUCUACAACCCAAAAUGAAUUUGAAGGUCUCUCUGUUAGCCCGUUGCUCUACAUACGUCAAAUGUUGCUGGUUCUUUUGGUUUAUUUAUAAAGUUUAAAUGCCAUCCUUUAUUUGCAAUUCAAUGAGGUCAAACUAAACACUCAAAAUCGUAGUUGUGGCCAGAAUUGAAAUGCAGUCAGUUUAGUUAUGUGAGAUGUGGUUUGUUUGUUUCUUUGUUUUUUUUGGUAAGGAUUGCACAUACUCUAUAAUUCACAAGUGCACUCUUUACUAUUUAACAAACAUUUCUAAUUUAGCAGAAAUGACGAUUGUACAAUCAACAUGCGCAGCUUGAAAAAUGUGAAAAGAUGUUGUAUAUUGUCAAGUGACUAGUUAGUCUUCGGCACAACACACUGACACUUGUCUGAUAAAUCGAACAAAAAGAUUUGCGCAGUGUUUGUAAGUUGCCUGUAACUGUAACUGCUUCUAGCUUAAGUUCUGUAUAAUUGUAACCAGACAGUAAUUUUGCAGUAGGUUCAUAACCAACGUGGACAAACACGUACCAGGAAGAGUAGGUUUACCUUAAGGUCUAUAGCAAGCUAACAAGACACGAUACAUUGUACACUUUAAGCCACGGUUAAAGUAACAAAAAAGUUAGGAUAUUUUCUAGCUACAUACGCAAGCAAUAAGAUAAUUUUUUUGUCAAAAAUGUUCUCAUAAAAUGCCUCAGUGCCUCUCUGAUAUAUUCAGUCAUGGGAGGCAGUAGGAUCAGGUGAUUUUCAGCUUUUUGAAGAGCAUUAUAAUUGUGAACAAAACAUGCUCUUGUAAAUUUCAGAUUUGUAUUGUAGGCCUACCUGUAGAUUGUACUCUCUAUAGUCCAAAUUAAUACACAAACCAGUAUAUAUCUGAAUGUAAACUGAUUUAUUGUAUAAAUCAAAUUAGAAAUGGUUUAUAUUUAAACAUAUACACCAUAACAACAACAAAAAGAAUGCACUGUAAUUCCAUACAAUUUGGGACAUUUGUACCUGAAAGUAGUUAUCAGUAAGGCUUGGUGAGUUUUUGUAAAAACUGAUGUGGGUUUGCCAUUUGUACAGAUUAAUUUUAUUUGGUUUUAUCAUAAAAAGCAACAAAACAAACUAACGACAACAACAAAAGAAAAACAAUGGUUGUGUAAUGACUAAAACACUUUUUUCUGUCGUUACUUAAAUGAUAUAUGAAACUGAUUAGUAUUGCAUUUUUAUAAUGUAACUUCCGCACUGUGUAUAAUUUAUGUUUUUGUGUGUUUUUGUGUUCUCUUGUGUUUGCAGUUCUAAAGUGUUUUGUCCAUUGAAACUACAUGGAAGGAAAUUCUUGCUAUACAAAUGACAUUUCUUAUCCAACCUUUGUAUGUUUAUAGUCUCUUUGCAGUGAACACUGUGUAUGUAUGUAUUGAUUCCACAUAGAUGUAGUUAAGUUGCAUACAACUGCCAGGUCCCUUAAUCUGUUCAUUCGUACCACUAGCAGUUGAGGUGAUCCAUUGCUGUGUUGACUUGUCUUGUACAUCAAGAUUUUUAAUGUCUUUAUUGUUGUUUGCAUUUAAAUAAUAAAAAAAAGA